AUGAACGUAUCGACAAGACCUUUACGCUGGGGCCUCUUGUGGCUCUGUGUCUCAAGCUCCUGCAUCCAGCUAGUGUACAGUGGCAACCAAAGCUCUCGAGGACGGACAGGGUCAUCACAGGAGAGGACAGGGACUUGUGAAGUGGUUGCUGCUCAUCGCUGCUGCAAUAAGAACAAGAUUGAAGAACGCUCUCAAACAGUGAAGUGCUCCUGCUUCCCAGGACAGGUAGCAGGGACAACAAGGGCUCUGCCCUCUUGUGUUGAAGCUUCCAUUGUGCGUCAGAAGUGGUGGUGUAAAAUGGAGCCAUGUCUGGAGGGGGAGGAGUGCCGAGUUCUCCCUGACCUCACUGGCUGGUCAUGCAUCUCUGGGAACAAAGUGAAGACCACAAAGGUUGCACGGUAG